ACGCGUCGAGCGACUCGAUAGUUCGCCGCUGUCGCCGCUCCCGGGCGCCUCCCACGAGCCGCGCGCCGCUCCCGCGUUCUCGACGAACGUCUCGCGGCCCCGCGUCGACGAAGCGACCGCCGCACCCCGGCGCCCCCCGUCGACCAUGGAGGCGAACCGCGACGAGGCGCUCAAGUGCCGGGACCUCGCGGCCAAGUACCUGCGCGAGGGGAAGUUCGCCAUGUGCAUCAAAUACUGCGACAAGUCCGUGCGGCUCGCCGGCGGCGCGGAGCUCUCGGGCGUCGCGGACCUCCGCGCGCGCGCACAGCGCGGCGCGAGCCAGCCCGACGCCGGCGCGGCCGCGCCGCGGCAGCCGCGGUCGACGCCGACGCAGCGGCGCGCGUCGACGGGGAGCGCGCCGUCGGAGGCGAAGGCGGACCACACGCCGCAGCAGGCCGAGGCCGUGCGCCAGAUCCUCCGGCUGAAGAACCGGGGCCACUACGAGGUCCUCGGCGUCUCCAAGUCCGCGGGCGACGACGAGAUCAAGAAGGCCUACCGGAAGCUGGCGCUCAAGUUCCACCCGGACAAGAACCGCGCGCCCAUGGCCGACGAGGCCUUCAAGUGCGUCGGGCUCGCCUACGCGGUGCUCUCCGACGGCGAGAAGCGCGCGUCGUACGACCGCUACGGCGACGAGGACGCGGCGCCGCAGCAGCAGCAGCGGCGCCGCGGCGGCGGCGGCGGCUUCCACGACGACGACAUCUCGCCCGAGGACAUCUUCAACAUGUUCUUCGGCGUGGACCCGGGCCGCGGCCGCCGCCAGGCGGGGCCCGCGCGCGCGUACCCGCAGGCGCGGCGCCAGCCGCCGCCGAACCAGGCGCAGCAGCUCCUCCAGCUCCUGCCGUUGCUGCUCCUCUUCGCGCUGUCCUUCUUCUCCUACCCGAACCAGUACGCCGAGUCGCCCUUCUCCCUGGAGCGCAAGGGCAAGUACACGGUCGAGCGGUUCACCAAGUCGCGCGGCGUGACGCGCGACAUCCGCUACUGGGUCGGCGACGGCUUCUCCGCAAAGUACGCGCGCGACCCCUACAGCCUCGCGCGCAUCGACCAGUCCGUCGAGUCCGAGUUCGAGACGAACCUGCGCUACGGCUGCUACAACCAGAAGGAGCAGCAGCGGAGGCUCGUCUACCAGGCGCGGCUCAAGCGGACGCGCCAGCAGCGCGACGAGGCCCUAUCGCGCGCCAACGACUUCAAGCUCGACUCCUGCAUCCAGCUCGAGGAGGUCUUCGGCGUCCGCACCUAGGCCCCCGCCCGGGGGGGCCCGCGCCGCGCCGACCCGAUAACCGUUACCGCGAG